UUUUGACCUUUAAUCACCAAGCAAUUUUCUUAACAAGUUGUACUUUAGCUGGCCAGGCCGGUAGGCUGAUCGGCCAAUCCUUUCCUUCUCUUCCACCUCUGAUGAUGAGAUAGCUCCAAACAAUUGCCCCAAAGGCGCUGGCAAGCAUCACAUGUCGACUUUGUCCAACAAUGGUAUUCAACAUCGGGUUCACACCAUGCCCUGUCAUCACAUCUCAGACCAUCAUACGGUACCAGGUUUUCGCAGGGCGGACACACCUCAGCAUCACAUCCUUGAUACGGUGCAGAAGGCUAUGACUGUGGGUGUAUAAUACUGAGGACAACAGAUGGCAUGUUUAAUCAUUGAUACUGUAUAUGCGGCAUAAACUUGGGCUUGCGGAUUGAUAUUAACUAGGGUUCAUGCCAACGCGCUUGACUAAGCACCGAUAAGUUAUUAGUUAACUAGUUAUUAAAUCAACUAGCUAAGUAACUAGACAUCUACAAGCAGGGAUGAAGACCCCUCUCACAAUGGGCGGGGUCACGAUGUCAUUUCGAAGGAUUGGUGGGGGCGGUCAUAUUUCGC